AUGGAUCUGGUCUUCCUGUCUCCGUCAUCAUACCGGAUUUGUCAUACUGAAGAUAGCCAUUUUGCAAAGGACGAUGGUUGUCUCCUGACACCGACUUCGCGAGUAGUUCAAUUCAAGUCAGCGGCAAACAAUGGUUUCACUGUAUCGAGAAGGAACAGGAAACGGAAACGUAGGCUGCUGGGAAGAAGACCCAAAAAGACGCAUCUAUGGUGUUUUAACAUACGUCAAAGGAAAAGCAAAAGACCUAGACCUGUGCCUAGUGUAUUUCUAUCAGGAGCCAAUUUAGUUAGGUUCGGUGCGUUUUGCGGGAUUCGAGAUAGCAGAGCCACAAGGUGCUCUUUGCGGGGAAUAAGACACGGCCUCUUCAUCAGAGCCGGAACAAGAUGCGCUUGCGCUUCGUACACACUAUAUCCUAGCCCGCUGGUGUGUCUUACCCAGCCUAUCGUAACCGAAUCUUAG